UGUAAGUGAAUUAAAUGAAUCAAAAAUAAUUUUUUUUAUUCUUCUCGACUGAGUUGAAUGAUGUUGAAGGAAGUAGAAGUGAAAAAAGAAACAUUAAAUUGAGUAUAAAAAGUGCAGGAGAAUCAUCUGUCUCUAGAAUGAUAAUUAAGUGUAGCGAAUUCGAGAGGAAAAGGCAGAGAUAAAAAAAAUAAAAUAUAUAGCAUAAAAAACAAGUGGAUAGAAUUAAGUGCAUCCAAAAAAAUACAUAAAAAAAAUCUUUGUGUGUAUAUCUAAAUGUGUAUUAUUAAUGGUGUGUAGCUGCAAGUGCAGUGGAAUCGACAAUGGUCAAAUUAAAAAAUAAUUAUCAUCACUGCAGCAGUACAAGGAUUAGGAAUGUAACAACACUGCUCACAUCAUCAUCGUCUUUCAAGCGAUGGAUUAUUCUACUCUUUCUACUGUAUAAGUUGGAUUAUAAGGAUUAUUAUUGUUAUGGAAUCAGUAGUGUAAGCAGCAGCAACUCCGCAGCAUCAAAUAAUGAAAACGGUCCACUGUCGGAGGUGCAAAGUGCGACAGGAUUAGAUGUAACUUUACCAUGUGAUUUAUUUCCCACAACAUUAUCAUCACCUUUAGCUCAAGAUAAAGUAACGUUGGUAAUUUGGUACAAAGAAGGCAAUCAGAAGCCGAUUUACUCUUUUGAUGCCCGAGGGAAGAGCUUACAGGAAGCAGUGCACUGGCAAGAUGACAUAGUGCUGAGAUCAAAGGCCUACUUUUAUUAUGACACCAUCCCGCCAGCACUAAAAAUUAAGAAUGUCUCAACAGAAAAUGUUGGCAUUUAUAGAUGUCGAGUUGAUUUUCAGAAAACACCGACAAAAAAUUGUAGAAUAAAUCUGUCAGUUCUGGUUCCUCCUACACAUUUAGAGAUAUUGAACGAACAUGGAAGUGUCGUGUCGAAUAGUGUAAUUGGACCCUACAAGGAGGGAUCAAGUGUGAAUAUAACAUGUUUAUCAAGUGGUGGUAUGCCAUUACCUCGCGUAACGUGGUUUAAGGAUCAUGCUCUCAUCGAUGACUCAUAUCAUGAGCUGUCGAAUGGCAGUGUAAUAAAUAUUCUCCAUCUUCCAAGAAUAUCGAGAACCGACUUAGAAACAACAUAUACGUGUCAGGCGAGUAAUGGACACAUAUUGCCACCCUUGUCGAAUAAAGUUAUAUUGGAUAUGAAAUUACCGCCAUUAUAUAUAUACAUUCACGGAUUAAGUCAUUCUCUUACGUCGGGAGUGAAGGUCCAUUUAUCGUGUUCAACAGCUGGUUCUCGACCAAUUCCACAGAUUAUGUGGACGAAAGGAACACAAGCCAUGCAUGGUGCUUCUCAAACUACAUCGGCUAAUGGUAAUUUAACGACAUCAGAUAUCGUUUAUCUACCAACACCAGAGGAUAAUGGGAAAGUCAUUGCAUGUUCUGUACCUGUUGAAGAGAAAAAUAAUGCACCUACAUUAUCGAUAAAAGAUACACGAAUUUUAGACAUUAAACAUGCCCCCAUUGUCUCAUUAUCAUUAGGAUCAAAUCUAGAUCCUAAAAAUUUAGCAAAAGGCACAGAUGUGUAUUUAGAGUGCCGUAUUGAAGCUAAUCCACCGAUAAAGAGAAUCGAGUGGUAUCAUAACAAUAAGCCAUUACAGCCGACACGAGGUGUCAUCAUUACAAAUCAAUCACUCGUUCUUCAAAGCAUCUCUAAGCAGACGCACGGUCAAUACAUGUGCCGUGCCACAAAUGCGCAAGGCUCCGUUAGUAGUAAUGAUUUAUAUUUAGACAUUAAAUAUCCCCCAAUGUGCCAGUACGAAGGCAAAGUAAUAAGGGCAGCACUGAAACAAACAUUAAACAUAACCUGUGAUAUUGAUUCAAAUCCAAUGAAAAAUUUAAAAUAUAAGUGGUCAUUCAACAGUACAAUCGACAAUUUAAUUGAAUUACCAUCGUAUAGCAACGAUCCAGACCUACAAUACAACUUACAACAGUAUGAACAUCAUCAACCGCAACAUAUCGAAACAAUAUCAUCAUACAAAACCAAAAAUAAUUAUAAUUCCAUUGAGCUUCAUCCGCAACGUCCAUAUACAUAUUCGAAGAAAUAUCAUCCGCAACAGCAGGGACAGCAGAAUAUUAAUUAUCAAAACUCAAUUAGUCAACCUUACAACAUUGAUUCGUCAUCAUCAAGUCACCAUCAUCAAAUGCAACAACAUGUUAUUAGUCAAGGAAUCUACUAUUAUAAGGUUGAAAACUUUACAUCAUUUGGUACAAUCAGUUGUUCGGCUGACAACUCAUAUGGCACUAGUGGUCCAUGUCUCUAUCACAUCAUGGUAGCAGAUUUACCAGACCCGAUAGCAAAUUGUACAGCAUACAAUGCGACUGCUUAUACCAUGCAAUUUGCAUGUAUGCCGGGGAACGAUGGUGGCAUUAAGCAGUCAUUUUUCGUUGAGGUAUUCGAUGGCAAGGAAAAAAUAUUCAACGUCUCAUCGGAUCUGCCAAUGUUUCAACUUGUUCGCCUACCAAGCGACUCGAGGCUUAUCGUGCGGAUUACGCCAUACAAUUUGCAAGGAAUGUGUAAAGACUUUUAUCAACUUCGAGUAAAAACAAUGCCAGCACCACUUAUGAGAACAGCAUCAUCGCGAGCUGUGCUUGUGCAAAUAACACCCGUUCUCGGUGUGCUUGUGGGUGUCGUCGUAACAUUAAUUCUCAUUGCCAUCUGCAUUGUAAUUUUUGUAAAGAUAAAAAAUAAGAACGUAAAGAAGACACCUAAAGAAACAGAUCCAAAUGAUGGCCCGGAUAAAGGUAGCGCAGAGCCAUUAAGCCGUAACCUUGGUAGUCACUCUAGUAUCGACGAGAAAAACGAUCCAGACUUGAUACCUCAUGACAAUAGUGACGACGAGAAAGAAUUCGAGCGUUUAUACACACCAACAAAAUUGAGUUACGUAAAUAGACAUUCACCAAAUUCAAUUUCACCAACAUUACGAUUUAGUGAGAAGCAGUACGGCGAGCUAUCACUUACCACAAAUCCAGGCUUUGCAAUGUACAGCAAUCCAACGAUACGUAAAUUUAAUGCUGUAUCAUCGCCAACUAGUGCGAACAAUCCAAAUAUGACCACAACUACAAUUUUACGCUCGAAAUCACCGCCAAACAUCUACACGCGUCUACCGAUAGGGUUGAAAGAUUACUCAUCAACAUCAUUAUCACCGACAUCACAAAUAUCACAGAAAUUAAUGACAUCGAGUCUUGUUGGUUUUGGCAGUCAAAAUUUAUCACCAACAAAACAUAAUUUGCUUGUUACGACAACACCAUUCAUUGAGAAUGGUGACGUUACAACAACAACUACAAAUUUAGCGGAUCAAUGUAUUCAUACGAGCAUUCUACCAUCAAUCCGAAUGCCAUUGCUCAAUGUUAAUUAUAAGGCCGAAAUUAAUAAUAGGAUAAAUAAUGGUAUUAUCACGAAUGGUAGUGCCAUGAGUCAAUUAUCAAAUACUAACGAAUCAUGAAAACAUUUCUAUUUUUGUAUCAUUCAUUUGUGCUUGUAUUAAUUAUUUUCAUUUUCCCUUUUUUUAUCCUCUGUUUACCAUUCUUUUGUUUCUUGUUCCUUGGAAUGGGGAAUUAGAUUUUUUGCUGGAAGUUUAUUUAACCUUAUUUCUUGGAACACAAAGUGUUGGUUUAGUCAAAUUCCGAAUGAGAUCUUCCUUGUCAUGAACUCUGGUGAGAUUUGUUCUUAAUUCUUCAUUUGGGUCUUUUUCUUUCAUUACUUUGGGGUUGUUUAUUAAUAAUGUCCACAAUAUAAAGAUUAUUUUAAUUUAACUUUUGACCAAAUGUAUACUUUCUACCUUUCAUCCAAUCCUUUCUACUCUAGUGAACCCAUUAUAUUCCAACCUAGUGUAUAAUAUCUCCUGGACUUAAGUAUACCGAGUAUCUUAAACUGACAUCUAGGGCAUCUAAGAAUAGAGGUGCAUCAGGGGGAAUGAAGUAGCUAGGAACAUUCUUAGAUAUAGUCUCUCCUGUUCAUUUUAGCCUUAGGGACCCCUUCUCAUGAUAUACAUCAUUUGCGAACAAACCCUAAUUUUGAGAAUACAAGAACUUUUUCACAUGCAGAACGUACACAAAAGUCAAAAAGAGUCUCAAACAAAACAAUUAUAAACACAGUUUCUUCAUUAUUCAUGAAAAAUCAACAUUGUAUAUCUUUUCGAAUGUCAAGAGUGAAUAAAAUGGUUGAAAGGGCGCAUAUCUGUUAAGAAACGUGACAAGGACUCCUAAAAAUGUUCAUUCUUCCUUAAUUUAUAUCAGUUAAUAACAAAAAUUCAAGAGUAAGGAGAAAAUGAUAAUUGGAAUUGAAUAAUCUAUGAGAUUAGGUUCGGAAUAUAAAAACAAAUGCCAUGGCAAUGAACGACAGAUGAAAUUAUUGUGACAUGAAUCGACAGUGAUUUUCAAUUUCCUCUCGAAAAUAAUUCAGAUAGUUGAUGAUAAAUUUCAUUAAAACUUUUAUCAUUGAGAGUUCUCGGACAUCCCAUAGCAAUGAUUUUAUGAAAUAUUGAAACCAUUUUCAGAAGUAAAGUGGAAAUGAAAAGUUUACCAUCAAAUUUCUGAA